AUGAUUGCCGAUGGUCCACAGACUGAAUCAUCAGAGUAUGGAGGUGAGUUCCUGAUCCUGAAGGGUCUUCUAGCCACUGGUACCACAGAGCAGCCAAAGGAACCCAGCAGAGGUCCUUCAGAUGUAGCGUCAGAGUGCUCACAGUCGAGUGAGGCCUUGUGUCGGUCAUUUAAGUCCUUGUUGCCUCCUCAUGUCAUCUGGGCCCUUGGCACUACUCAAGUUGCCCUAAUAGAGAAUAAGAUCCAGCAAAUUGAGUUUGCAGAAGCAGCUAAACAACUGGAGGAGGAAGCUUUAAUCGACGCAGAGGAGGUGUGGACCGCUAAGGAGUGCGCAGAGAUUCAGGCUGCGCAAGAAAGACUCCAGAGGAGGCGACAGGAAGUCCUUGAUUCCAAAGCAGCUCUGCUGCGACGGGUGACCAGACAGCGCAGACUCCGCAAAGCCACCAGUGAAGCCUGUGUAGCUCAAUUAGUUGCUUCAAUGAUAGAAGAAAGAGCGACGAUGCAGCCUUUGGAUAAAGGCUCCAUCUCCUUCAACCAAAGAUCCUCGCAGCUUCACACUGAUCUUCAGAGCUCUCCCGCUGCAAUCCAGGAAAAAGCUGUGGUUGCGGUGGAUACGGUCGAUGCAGAGCUGCCUGCACCUGCAUCUCCACACACUUCCAUCCUCACCCCAGCAGAUGGUGUAUCAGAUAUCGCCACAGAAGCCGCAAGUACUGAUAAGCCAGCAAAUCAUUAUGACCCGUGGACUGUGCUAUGCAAGUGGAGCAUGCAGAAAGUUGGAGUAGAAAUGACCUCCUCUCGUCACGUGAGCCAUCUGAAAAACUAAACGCUGGUGAUGGUUGUGCCUCUGUAAAGAGUGUUGUUACUGAAAUAAAAUGUUUAUUAAAAAAA